AUGCGGGCAUAUCAGCCUUCAGUGGAGCCGCUGUUGGAGGUGCUCCAGACUCUGAAAGCGCGGUUUCAGGCCCAGGAACAUCUUCCGGAACUCCAAGGGCAGCAGCUGUCAGAGGAGCUCUCGGUGACUGUGGCGCUCCUCCUGAGCGACGGUCAGCUGGGGUUGGAACUGACCGAUCCGACCAAUGAGUCGGAGAAGAAGUCUCCAAUUGAGGUGCUAGUGCUCGAAGCAUUGUUGGCCCAGAAGCUGUGGCAGGAGUCGAAGGACUCCAAGGUGAGUCGAUUGCUGGAGGUCGGAGCUCUACGGUUUCGCUUGGGCGACUUUGCGAUUGCCCUCCACGACUUGACGCUGGUGGUGGAGCAAGAGCCUGCCAACAAGGAGGCCGUCCGGCUGUUGGAGCGUUGUGAGAAGGAAGUGGCGCGCGAAGUGCAAGAGAAGGCGGGCUACCUCUACUCCCUAGAGUGGUCCGACGGUGAGGAUGCUUCGGUGGUGGAGGCACUGGAAAGCGAAAGGCUAAGGGAGCUGCAGGAGCUGAGCACCACAGAGGCUCCAAACACACCGCAUGCACAAAGACUGCGGGCGGUGCACUUGGAUCGUUUGGGUGCCAGACGCUUGGGGCUCCGGUUGAGAGAGCUGGUGAAUGGCUUGGAGGUGGAAGAAAUCCGUGACGGUGUCGUGAAGGACUGGAAUGCCACGGCAUCGCCGGGAGAAAGAAUUGGCGUUGGUGACAAGAUCGUGAAGGUGAACCAGGUCCGCGGCAGUGGCAGGAUGCUCUUGGCAGAGUUCCGGAAGGACCAGGUGCUCCACCUGCUGGUUGCUCCUCCAGGGGAUGACAUCGUGGCCAGCGAGGCCAGCAACAAGGUUCCUCCACGAGCGGAAGAACUCACCUGGCAGGAUCUCAGCCUGCAACAGCUUUUGGGUUGGAGCCCUCCAGGACUCUGCGAUUGGCAAUGGCACGAGACUCCUCUGCAGCAAGCCACUGGACUAGGUCCGUGGAAGAUGGCAGUGGUUCAGUUGGACGGUUGCACUUGGACUUCAGAGGUGGAUGAAGUCUUCAUGACCUCGCUGGAGUGUCAGGAGCGCAUUUCCUUCCCUUCCAAAUCCUGUUUGGCGAAGCUGCAAAGUUUGGACUUGAUACUCGUCCCGCUGUUGCUGGAUGAGGAGGUGGAGGAGCUGAGUGAGCUCUGCGAAGAGGUCCGCCGGUUCCUGGCCGAGCUCCAGGAGAUGGACCCCUUUGCACGGAUCGUCGCGUUGACCUGCGGCAGCAACGGCCCCGACUGCUUUGGCGCCCGAGACGAUGGGUUCGGAAUGCCCGCGGCCGCCCCGGCGCGCGGGAUGUUCCGCUGCUUCCGAUUGGAACAUCCUGAGACCCCCAUCUUGCACAUCGACACCGACGCCGUGGGGCCCGGCAAGACUGCAGAACUGGAGGCGCAGAUCCGCCGCGAGCUGACCUGGAGAUACAAUACCCAGCAGGCCUCUGACUUGGCUUUUCUGGGACGUGAGGUCGCCUAUCGCCGCCAGCGCCGCUUCGUGCCGCAGUUGGACGUGUGUCGUCAAGCUCCAGCCCGCAAGCGCGCCUGCCUUCAACGCACCGGUGUGGCACUGAUCACCGGCGGCACCGGUGGACUAGGAUUGACCACCGCAGAGGUCUUGGUCGACGCGGGUGUGCGCCAUGUAGUGCUUUGCUCACGCUCUGGGAAAGUCUCUGCAGAUGCGCCUGGGCAGCUGAUGGAGAGGCUGGAAGGCUUGCAGCGGACGGCGACCGUGGUCCUGGAGGCUUGUGAUGCAGCUGAUGAAGAUCAAGUGCUGGCGAUGCUUCAGAAGCUGCGUACCAACUAUGGCCCCUUGCGCUGGGUGGUGAACGCUGCGGGCAUCGUGCGCCCGUCGGACACGGCGGAGGAGUUGAAGGCGGUCUUCCAGCCCAAAUGCCUUGGAGCCUGGCACUUACAUAGGCAUACCUUGGAAGAUGACCUUGAGGCGAUGUGGUUCUUCUCCUCCCUCUCCGGUGGGAUCGGUACUGAAGGGCUCUACAACUAUGCAGCCGCCAACACGUACUUGGACGAGCUGGCGCACGUGCGGCGCUCGGCGGGGCUGCCGGCGACAUCGAUCCAAUUCCCCGAGGUGGAAGAGGCUGGCAUGGCCGCAGCCUACUUGGGUGGCGGAGGUGGUUCUGCCACAGUCAGUUUGUCAGUCGUCAAGUUGGCCUUGCGGCAGCUCCUCUUGGGCGAUGGGCCCAGAGCCUCCCCCGUGGUGGCCUUGCUACCGCCGGGCUACCUCAUCGCACGCUCGGUCUAUCAUUGGUUGGCCUUGGAGCCCUUGGAGAAGCGCAGGAACAAGGAGUUGUGGGAUUUGUUGGCACAAACCGAGAAGGAGAACAAGGAGGAAAUCCGAGAGUUGCGGAAAGAGCUCAAGACUCGUCGGGCUGAAGCGGCCACCAGGUGA